AAGCGAUUAACUGAACUGAUAAGUGACAGCUAUCGUGUCCAAGUAGCUUCGUCACAAAAUUAAAGACUGAAGGUGCUUUGUUAAAAGCACAAAAAAUCAUUCAGAGUCUAAAAUCACAUGGGCAGAGCUAAUAGGACAUGUCCAAUUGUGCUGUAUUAAAAAACUGGCUCUGCAUGGCUUAACUUAGACUCUUUGUAGAAAGAGAACUUACUCCAAAUAAAAAAGAGUUAUUCAGUCUCAGAAAAUAGUUAGAAAAAUGGCACCCAGUUUACCCAAUUGUCGCAAUUAUAAAGUUCCUCGGGACAUCUCCUUCUCUGGAUCCGGAUUCUUGGCCACCUACCAGUUAGGAGUUGCCCUGUGUCUCUUCAAGUACGCUCCCUGGAUUCUGCGCUCGGCGGUCUGCGUUCUCGGGGCUUCUGCUGGAUCUUUGAUCGCUACGGCCGUGGUCUGUGAAAUGAACAUGUGUAAGUGACGAGAAGUUUGACAUCAUGUUUAAAAAAAAAAAAAACGUUUAUUUAUUUAUUUUUAUCAACAGUUGCCAUCCGGGAUGAAAUCCUUCAGUUUGCCAAGCAUGUGACAUUGUUUAUGCUCGGACCAUUUGACCCAUCAAUUAAAGUUGCCAACUGGUUAGAACGACUUUUACACAAAUAUCUUCCUCCUGAUGCGCACCGCCAGGCGAGAGGUCGCCUCGGUAUUGCAGUGACCCGUGUGACUGAUGGGAAACAUUUGAUACUGUCUGAGUUCCACUCCAAAGAAGAUAUAGUGCAGGCUUUGCUGUGUAGCUGCUUUGUGCCUGGAUUUAGUGGCUAUCUGCCUCCAACUUUCAGAGGAGAACACUAUAUGGAUGGUGGUUUGAGCAACAUACAGCCCAGGUUGCCUGACUCAUCUGAUGUCACGCUGACCGUUUCCCCAUUUUCUGGAGACGCCGACAUCUGCCCUGCCGACCCUCCCAGUAACCUAGAAAUGGUGGUAGGCAGCGCCGUGUUGAAGUUCAGCAUGACGAACAACCUCAGAAUCCUUAAUGGUCUUUACCCCACAGAUCUGGAGACUAUUGAGGAAGCUUUUUACAACGGCUUCAAAGAUGCAAUCCGUUUUCUUCAAAUUAACGAUCUUGUCCCAUCUGCAAUGAGUGAAGGUCCUGAAAUGAUACUGAGUGAUGGCCAAGCCAACAUGUGGAAACAGAACAGAACAGAACUAGAGGAUGUGGAGAUGAAAGCAGAGAACACCGCUGUGGAAAGCUACAGCUCCACAUGGACUGACGGCUCAGUUGAGCCAGAGCCCUUUAGGGAUUCUCAUUUUCACUUUGAUGUGGUCAAAAAUGUUCUUUUGGGCAAUGCUUCAACCUAUCUCAGCAUGCUGAGACUACCUGCGAGAAUUUUGUCAAGUCUGCUUCUUCCUCUUGUGGUGUCUUUUUAUGCACUUCUCCAGAGUAGACAAAGAAUGGAGUUGCUGUUCAGACAGCUGCCUGAAAUUGUUUUCUGGACGUGGCACGGUGUCAGACAAUGUUUUCUAUUUUUUGUCAACAUAGUUGUUCAAACCCUGAAGAAGGGCAUGGAAGAAAGGCAAGGGUCAUGAACUGCAUCCUGCUAUUGCAAUGGCUGAAAGUCUACUCACAUUAUGGACAAUGACUGAUGUUCACUUCCAAACAUCCAAAUUCACAAGACAUUGUACACUUUGACCAAAAACUUGUACCAUACACUACCAAAAAAAUAUAAAAAUGUAUGUUGUAAAAACCUACGCCAUAUAAAGUGUAGUGUGAAAACUUGAUUUGUAUGGCUUCUUUUGCUAACUACUUUUAUUGCACUUUGACAUUUGUGUUUUGUUUUGUAUGUUGCAUUGCUCUUUGUUGAAACAGAAUCAAAGUUUCAUUUGUUGUAGGUUGUUAUACCUUUAUAUACUGACAAGUUUUAAUGUUUGAAGGUAAUUCUUUUAUAUUGUGGAUGAUAAAAACAACCUUCCAAAGUU